UAAACCUGGCUCAUAGGCUAGUCGUCCACGAGUGAAACCAAAGAAGAAAUAAGGCAGUAUUCACCAUGGCAGAGACUCACAGCUUGCAGGACAUGAGGCAGCAGGCUGCCAUCACUGCCAAAGUCUUCAUUCAGAGAGAUUACUCCAGUGGCACCAUGUGCCAGUUCCAGACCAAGUUCCCCUCUGAGCUGGAGAACAGGAUCGACAAACAGCAGUUUGAGGAAACUGUGAGGGCGCUGAACAACAUGUACGCUGAGGCCGAGAAACUGGGUAGCCAGUCAUAUAUUGAAGGCUGUCUGGCCUGCCUCACAGCAUACACCGUCUUCCUGUGUAUGGAGACGCACUAUGAGAAGGUUUUGAAGAAAAUUGCUAAGUACAUUCAGGAACAGAAUGACAAGAUCUAUGCACCGCGAGGCCUACUGCUCACUGACCCCAUCGAGAGAGGCCUGCGGGUCGUUGAAAUCACCAUCUUUGAAGACAGAAGCCUGACGAGAUAAAAGCUAACAUGCAGCUGUUGGGCUGCGCGGAGCUGCAGGGUCUACAGCAUUCCGUCAGCGGAGCACACCUCCCCCGAGGAAUUCCGAGGCCUGGAGCCUUAAUACUGCGUCUCUACAAUCUGUCAUCACUGUCAUAUGCAUGUUCCAUUCACAUGACUAGGUUUGAGAUGUUGUGCCUCACAGGUUUUAGCAUUAUUUCUUGCCUUUCUGUCACCAUUGAUGAGGCCGGUAUCAAAGUGUUAUAUGCUUGUAUUCAGCUGACACCCAUGUCCUCCUAAAAGAAAAUUACCUUCCCAUUCAGCUAAAAUGCAUUAUUAAUCUGGUUUCAUGGGAAGUGUUGUUUUUUUUAACUUUUGUCCUUGUUUAGGCGCUAAACUACUAUGUCUACUGAAGAAGUAGCUCAGGAUCUGAAAUAUGAAGCAAAUUCAGAUGUGCCUUAAAUCUGCACUCUAACGGCCUGCAGGGGGCGGCGACUCUGGCUGCAAAAAUAAGCCUGACUGUAAGGAAUACAAAGGAGAGAUGAGCCUGCUGCUCACUUGUUUUAAACACUUUCCUGACGAAUCACGCCAAAUAUUAAAUAAUGCAAUCUGAUUUUUAUUUUGUAAUUGAAUUUUAGUCCCAUUUUGGGUCAAAGAAGAUGAGGUUAUUCUUUAUGCUGCAGCUACCUUGUGUUUGCUACCAUGAGAGCGUGGAGUGAGCUAAGUUUCCUGUCAGUAAAAAUUCAUGGGCCCUCAAACUGGACAGUACAGUGGCCACUGUUUUCCAUCUUUAACCAGUUUUGGCCCAUCUGGUCACCUAAGAUGGAAAGCAAGACUAGUACCCACAUAUAUGUGAACAUGAGUGUUUGUUUCCCUUGAACCACAGUAGAAUGCAGUUUAGUUGUAUGGAAAGAACAUUUUUAGGAGUACAUGCGUUUAGCUGGACUAAAAGGAUUUAUAUCUUGGAGAGAUUCAGAAUUUAUUAACAUUCUUUAAGCCAUUAUAUUUUGGACGAUAAAUAUUUUUAAUGAUAUUUGUGGGGACUCUGACCUUUUAUAUAUGCCUGUCCUUUUUAGAAGGUCCUUUUUAAACAAUAAAGCUGACAAACAGGGUAACUCAUUUUUAUGACGCUAUGGAACAGCCACACUGUAAGGAAGGCAGUUGUUAUCAGUGCCGCAUCCCUGAGCUCCCUCUUUGCUUGCUUUAUUUUUGCUGGUGCGGUUUUUUUGGGUGCAUGGUAUUUUAAUCAGCAUGUUUCCCCAUCAGUUUUCAGGUUAUAAUUUCCAGCUCUUGACAUUCUAGUCAGUCCCAGAUUAAAAUUUUACUGUAUGUCUCAUGGUUGAUUUAAGAGAUUCUUUUGUGUGUGAAACAAAACUUGUGCCUGCUCGGUAUUUAAGCAUGUCAUACUGUAAAUGCACCUCCUCGAAUCAUGGUUCGUUUUCUUUGAAGACUAUACAUAAUGUUUGGUGACUACUUUUUAUUUUUUGACUCGCAUUCAAUAAGUGUAUACUUUAAUCAUAUCUUGUGAGCUUGCCUUUGACUGAAGUAUUAAAAGUGCUCUUGUUAGUUGACCUUGAAUGUUUUCUGUGAGAAUCUCCAGGUAUUAGACAGUAACUACAUCUCAGUCCUGCUAAUCUGUAAAGUUCUUCAGAGACCGUGUGACUUGUUUUGUUCACUUUCUGCUUACACACUGAAAUCUAACACUACGAUUCUUACUCUGAGGAGAACCUCAGUGCUGUUUGUGUUAACAAACCUUACCAAAGGUUGAACAGCAUGUACAGCUGAUUGUGUUUCUCUUGUGAAUGUAGUCUGACAGAAGCAGCUUGUAAAAAAGUGUAUGUACAAGUAAUGACCUUUGAAUGCCAUCAGUAACAAAGAUUUUUAAUUUUUGUAAAUAAAUGUUUCUUUAAUUUUUUUUAGUUAGUCAUUUAUUUAUCGUAUACAUAAUUAAAACUCAGCUGAUUUAACUUUUCUCAGUUGAAAUCAAGAUCCUAAAUUAACCUUGAAAUUGUACGCUUACAAAUAAAUCCUGUAAAUAUUUUA